CACCUCCUCCUCCCUGGGACCUGGCCCUGUUUCCCAUCUCACGGCCACCUGCAGGGUGGCUGGAGUUUCCAGAAUGCGUACUUCUUGUGAAGGAUCUGAUUGAUAUUUUGCUUUCUGGACCAGCGUGGCGCUACCGUAUUUUGGGAUGUUAUGUCUUGUUACUGCUGAUCGUUUCAAACUCGUUUGCCCAAAGAGGUCACAUUUUAAUCAGAAGAAUAAAAAUGCUAUUUUUUGUUUGGGUGGGCGUCUAUCCAGCUGUCUCGGGGAUUUCCAGCAGUGUUCUUGGAAAUGCUGGCGCUAAGUCGAUAGGUCAUGCUAGUUCUCUCUCUCUUUCUCUGUGUUGUUGGGGAAGCUGUCUGCUUGGGUAAGAAUGUUCUUCCAAAGGAUGUCUUUGGGUGCCCUGGGAUGGUUAGGUCCCUAGAGUGGGACGUCUUCUGGAAGAGGAGCCCAGUGAACUUUGCCCUGUUCGGUAGCUGCACUUUAUUCCCUCACUCUUGUUCCUAUCUUUCAGUUGGUCAUAGGAGUUGCCCAGGAAGGAAGUUUGGAUGAUAAUAAUGACAUCUGGCAUGUAAGGCCCAGGCUCUGCCUCAGCUGCUUUCUGUGUACCAUCUGAAUUCUCUCUACACCCAGUAUCGGUAGUUUUUCGUUAGUUUCAUCUGGGACUGGGUAGCUGAUGCCCUGAGUUUAAACGCUGAUCCAGGGUCUCCCAGGUGAGCAGUGGCGUGACUUGAAUGAGAUCGCGGUUCUGUCUCAUUCUCAAACUCCUGCUCUUACCACUGUGCAGGAACAGCUGUUUAGAUGGGCUAGCCUGAGGGCCUCCUCUCUCUCAGACGGCACAGAUGCUGUAUUCUCUCAGGGAAUAUGGGGCCAGCUGGGCAUCCCGUAACCCAGUUGGUUCUUAGGAUAGUAGGCUGUUCAGUGAAGGAACCUGGUGCUGUAAAAGUGAUUCCCCCUCUCCUUCCAGUCUUGCGCUAAAACUGGAGCUGUUCACUGUGGCUGUAUCUGCCUGAAAGGAAAGGGCCGGUGAAAGCUGGAAGGAGCACAGCCAGCAUGGUGGGAGGGGCCCGCAGGGGGCUGCUGGUGGCUGCAGGUGGCUGCAGGUUUCCCACGGAGCUUUCAGUUUGCAUUCAGGGCUGUGAGGUCAUGGAGGCCAGCAUUGCCUUCUCAUGGCAGGUGUCCCGGAGUCCCUGAAUCUGAUGUGUGACCGGAAUGGUGGUCGGCGGCUUCGGCAGUGGCUGAUCGAGCAGAUUGACAGUAGCAUGUAUCCAGGACUGAUUUGGGAGAAUGACGAGAAGAGCAUGUUCCGGAUCCCUUGGAAGCACGCUGGCAAGCAAGAUUAUAAUCAGGAAGUGGACGCCUCCAUUUUUAAGGCCUGGGCAGUUUUUAAAGGGAAGUUUAAAGAAGGGGACAAAGCUGAACCAGCCACUUGGAAGACGAGGUUACGCUGUGCUUUGAAUAAGAGCCCAGAUUUUGAGGAAGUGACGGACCGGUCCCAACUGGACAUUUCCGAGCCAUACAAAGUUUACCGAAUUGUUCCUGAGGAAGAGCAAAAAUGUAAACUAGGCGUGGCAACUGCUGGCUGCGUGAAUGAAGUCACAGAGAUGGAGUGCGGUCGCUCUGAAAUCGAUGAGCUGAUUAAGGAGCCUUCUGUGGACGAUUACAUGGGGAUGAUCAAAAGGAGCCCUUCCCCGCCGGAGGCCUGUCGGAGUCAGCUCCUUCCAGACUGGUGGGCGCAGCAGCCCAGCACAGGCGUGCCGCUGGUGACGGGGUACACAGCCUACGACGCGCACCAUUCAGCGUUCUCCCAGAUGGUGAUCAGCUUCUACUAUGGGGGCAAGCUGGUGGGCCAGGCCACCACCACCUGCCCCGAAGGCUGCCGCCUGUCCCUGAGCCAGCCCGGGCUGCCCGGCACCAAGCUGUAUGGGCCCGAGGGCCUGGAGCUGGUGCGCUUCCCCCCGGCCGACGCCAUCCCCAGCGAGCGACAGAGGCAGGUGACGCGGAAGCUGUUCGGGCACCUGGAGCGCGGGGUGCUGCUGCACAGCAGCCGGCAGGGCGUGUUCGUCAAGCGGCUGUGCCAGGGCCGCGUGUUCUGCAGCGGCAACGCCGUGGUGUGCAAGGGCAGGCCCAACAAGCUGGAGCGUGAUGAGGUGGUCCAGGUCUUCGACACCAGCCAGUUCUUCCGAGAGCUGCAGCAGUUCUAUAACAGCCAGGGCCGGCUUCCCGACGGCAGGGUGGUGCUGUGUUUCGGGGAAGAGUUUCCGGAUAUGGCCCCCUUGCGCUCCAAACUCAUUCUCGUGCAGAUUGAGCAGCUCUAUGUCCGGCAACUGGCAGAAGAGGCUGGGAAGAGCUGCAGAGCCGGCUCUGUGAUGCAGGCCCCCGAGGAGCCGCCGCCAGACCAGAUCUUCCGGAUGUUUCCAGAUAUUUGUGCCUCACACCAGAGACCGUUUUUCAGAGAAAACCAACAGAUCACCGUCUAAGUGCGUCGCUUGGGCGCCCCACCCCGGCUGUGUCCUGCAUCCAUCUCCCUGUUACAGUGGCCCACAUCAUGAUUAAAGGAUGUGGAUCCCUCUCUCUGGGGUGGGAUGCCUUACUUUGCACUUAAUUUAGUAAGGGCAUUCUCGGAGGAGUAGAUGUUUAAUACAAAGUGUCGGCAUAGCCCUGCUGAGAUGUCAUUGAUGGCCUGGAUGCUGUAACCACAACCUGUGGCUAAAAAUUUUAUUUUCUACACUUUCCCCAUCAUUAUCAUUAGUUGCUAUGAUUCUUUCUGCAUUUUCGGUUAACUAUCAUUUCCAAAGACUUGUCAUUCAGUAAUGUUAGCAGAUAGCUGCUUCGAUAAAGGAAUUUGGAGUUUAAAAAUCAACUUGUGAAAACAAGGUUGUUUUUGUCUUUAUCUUUUGUUAGACUUACAGAUUUAUGAUUUCAUAGGCUUGAUUCUAUGUGAAAUAUCUUUUUACUUUUAUGCAUUUUAAUAAGAUUUAAAAAUAUUUAGAUAAAAACCCCCUUUAAUGAGUGCAAGAAAAACUCUUGGCUUGUUAGAAGAAACUAUAUUCUUUCUAGAAUUCGGUGCAGGAAUAUGUGUUCAUGUCCAGGCAAACGGGUGUGUUUUUAUCUUCAGACAAUGAACCCUUCUCCUCUCGGGCUUUGUUGCCAGGAAGAUUAGAACGAAAUUUAUUUUUUUCAUUUCUGUCAUGAAAUCAUUCCAGAUACCUCUUUUCUUCUUUCCAAAUGGUUUUCACAUGUGUUUAAAAUAUUUGUACUUUGAAUUGUCAGAUUUUCCAUGUCCUCCUUUCUCCUUUGCACCCAGCCUGAGUCAGCACCAUCCCACAUUCAGAACCUUCCAGUGAAAGGGCAGGAAGGGGCCUCACCUGUCAGCCUUCAUUUUGAGAAGGUGGAAGGUGUUAGGAUUUGGGAAACAGCUCAUCCAGUCUCCCAGGUCUCAUGGUGGAUUUGUGACCGUGAGAGUUUCCGGUUUAAAAUCUGAAAAGCCAGAAUACGCCCGUUUCCUUUUCCCAGCGUCACGCCUGUGGAGGGGACAGUCAGACCCAGAGGUCCGUUAGAUUUGGAUGAAUUCACAGGUGAAUAGAGGAGAAGAUGAAAGGACGUGGCUUUUCCCUUUUGUCCAACAAAGCAUUAUAUUUUUAAGAAUGGCAGACCUGUUUGCUGAAGUGUUCAUAAGAUAACAAUAGGCUUGAAUCUCCAAUUCAAAUGAAUGUCAAAGCACAUAUCUUUAAUAUGCUGAAUGAAUAUUUAUUUUUGUAUCCAUUAAAACAGUAUAUUGAUCUCUUUUAUUCUUUAUUAAAAUGCUCUUUUUUAAA